CUUUGAGCAUAAUAUAAAAUCGUUUUUUUUUCCCGCUGUUUCAAGUUUCCUCGCACUGCGAACUGAAUUGAAAACACCGAACACUUACUUUCCUCAACUUUUCGAAAUUUCUCGUAGUUGAUAAUGACAGCGGUAGAAAGCCUACGGGAAUUAGGAACUGGUCUGCACGCCGAUGAUUUCAGUGCGGAAAAAAAUAUGGAAAAUAUUGGUGCAAAUUUAACUGAAUCAAUAGGCAUUUCGAGUGAUAUUCAUGAAAAUGCUAAUUCUUCUGAAAGUGUUGCUAUUUCAGAAACUUCCGAUGCUGCUCAGAGCUCCGAACAGGAAAAUUUGGUAAAUCAAGACCUAGUUUCUAAUUCCUCAGUUAAAUUAGAUACUCCUAAUGAUUGCGAAAGCAAAUCUGAUGAAGAUGAAUGGCUGGAUAUUAUGGGCAACGGUAAUUUCAAGAAAAAGGUAAUCAAAAAAGGAUUGGGACAUGAAACACGUCCAAGUCGAGGUGAUAGAGUUACUGUUCACGUCAGUUACUAUUUGAAUGGAGAACUGUUUGAGGAAAGUAAUGAUUUGAAGUUUAUUGUUGGUGACCUAGAUGUCAUUCAAGGUCUUGAUUUAGUUAUUUGCUUAAUGGAGAAAGGAGAAAAGGCUCGUGUUGUAAUUCCAUCUAAAUUAGCAUAUGGUGAAAUUGGGCGAACACCAGAUGUGCCACCAAAUUCAGAUAUAGAAUGUGAUUUAGAACUAAAAGAAGUUGAAAGUAUUGAGGAAGAUUCUCUUACAGUAUCUGAAAGGCUAAAGUUAGGGAAUGAAAAACGUAUUAGAGGUAAUUUCUUCUAUGAUCGUGGUCAAUAUAUUGACAGUAUCCACUGUUAUGAGAGGGCAGCUGAGUAUUUAGAUGGAGUAAGAGAUUGUUCUGGAAUUUCUACUGAACAAUCCCAGGAAAUUGUAGAUAUAAGAAUCAAAGUGUAUAAUAAUCUAGCUGCUUCACAUUUAAAAUUAAGUGCCUAUAAUUCAGCUCUUAAAUCUGUUGAAUCAGUUCUCAAAGUGCAGCCAAAAAAUGUGAAAGCUCUUUUUAGGAAAGCAAAGAUUUUAGCUAAUCAAGGGUUGCUAACAGAAGCCAUUUCUUGUUUGAAUACAGCAGCAGCCUUAGAACCUGAAACAAAAGUAAGUUUAUUCUUCAUACUAAAUUCUUCUGAUCUGAAUCAUAUCAGACCAUAA